UUGGGAUGAGUUCUUAAGGGGGGAUGAAUCUUAAUCAAUGAUACUCUCUUACUCUCGUAUUAUGGACCACUCCAACAUUGACAUCUCCAUCUAUGUAACCUCCCAAGAGACAAUAAGGUUUUCAUCAUGCCUAUCUCUAUCUUGUGAACUACAUUCCUCCCCGUCUACUUGUACCGUCCUAUCUAACCCCUUUUCAUCUGUAAAAAAGAAAAAAAAAUCACCUCUACAUGUAAGUUUUACCAAGUAUGAUCAAAGCAUUAUAAAGAAAAUGCUGAUUAUACUUAGCCAACAUCAUCGCAGGAUUCUAUGUUAGUCCAUGUUUAGAGAAUUUAAGAAGUCACUUGAGCUGCUUAGAUCCAACACAGCUGUAGGAAAAGUCAAUAAGACAAACAUUUCUGCAGAUCAAACUGACUGAAAUUAUAUUUUAGAAUAUCCAAUGCAUGAAUCAUAUAUAAACCAGGGUCACACUUUCUCCAAGAAGAUGUAAACCCAUACUGGACAUUGUCCUUCAGAUCUUAUCUCUCCAUCUCUACUCUUACUGUCUUGUGGGGCCUUAAUCCCCCAAGAACUUCAAGAAGUCUGACAACAAUUUGAACUAAGAAAGAAAAUAGAGCAAUACUUUAAUGUACAUCUAACCAUAGAGUGUGUGUUCGUACAGUUUCGUAUGAAAUUGCAACUUUAUAAGCAAAAAAAAACAGAACCGCACGAUUCAAGUAUUGUAUUACUUAAAAGUUGCCCCAUCUCACCCUUUGGCUAACUGUCAUGUCCAAACAUUUAUUACAGAGCUUUUUUUUUUAUUAUAGAGCUUUGAUAUUUCUACUUCGGCUAUAUAUAUAUAAACCAGUUCACCUAGUACUCUCAUCACAACACUGUCCUCUAUAACUUGUAUAUUAAUCUUCUUCUCCUACUAAGAUGAAUAGCAAAUUCAUCAAGUCUUGUGAAAAGAAACUCAAAGUAAUGACAAGCAAAGUCACAACACCUUGUACGUUUUGCGAGACAUGCUGCCAAGGAUUUUGCUUGGCGUUCAAGAAGGAAGCUGAGAUGAUCCCAAAAGAUGUCCCUAAGGGACACUUGGUUGUCUAUGUGGGUGAGGAAUCAAGGAGGUUUGUUAUAAAGAUCACCUUGCUUACACACCCACUCUUCAAGGCAUUGCUGGAUCAAGCACAAGAUGCUUACGGUUUCAAUAGUGCUGACUCCAGACUAUGGAUUCCUUGCGAUGUGAGUACCUUCCUCAAUGUUGCCCGUUGCGCCGGUGCUCCACAGGGCCAGAGCAACUGCAUGUGUAUCUAGGAAGGUUCUUGUACAGAGAACUCAAGACAUUCAUUGGUUAAUGCUAUUGCAGUAUAUUAAUAAUGUAAAACUUUUUGUAUUGAAUGUGAUAUUAAAUUUCAGUGUGAAAAUUGUUAUUAGCUAAAUGGUAAGCGGUAAACAACGUUAAAGCUCUC